GCUUUAUAUACCACGCUCGCAGCUCAUUAGCUACCCAGACAACGACAAGUGCAUCAUCCUCGUCCAAAAACGCGAUGAAGAGCGUUUUAAUCGCUGCGAUCGCCUUGUGCGCGUCGUGGGCAUACGCUCAGACAGAAACAAUUACCGAUAUCAAUGGCGCUACAGUCGUGGAAGUCGUUACAGUAAACCCUCUUGGUCUUCCUACGACACAAAUUCUGUCAACAAUUACUGGUGUUACGACCCCUCUUACCUCAAAUACCCUCUUAACCACUACCACUACCACAAAUCCGAUACUCCAAACCAUAGCAACUACUUCGACUACAAAGAAUCAAGGCCCCGUAGAACAACCCGCAUCGACAGUGUUAACACCGGGGGGACCUACCCCAUACACCUAUACCACCACAAAUGCUGCUGGCUCUACCGUUGCCGUGUUAGCCACUUUUACACCUUCAGGGCCCGUCACUGUGUUGCCAACCCCCACAACCACCGGCACAAUCGUCAACUACUCGUCGUACCUGGCUUCGGUCGGGACGAGCUCAGCAGCAACGUCUGGCGCGAGCCGCCGCACGUUCUCGCUCUCUAGCGCUUGGUAUGGACUCGUAGUAAGCACGGUGCUGGGCAUCGGCGGCGGUGCAUGGUUCGUAAUGUUGUAAGGCACACAUCUCAUAACGAUGUGAGUCUGUUUCAGAGGACAGUCGAUAGGACAGUCGAGUAGAUGGACUCUUAUGUGUGGUGCACACAUUAACUAUAUGGCUGUGUCGUCCACAAUGACACUCGGUACAUGUUAUCUCGAGUUACUUUAGUUACUCUGUUGUCCUUUUCGUAUAUUGACAACAGUAUUUAGCUUGAUACCCACAUGGACUUGGGAAGCGAUGUUUUCAGUCACCCUUUGUCCGAAGCUAUGAUUAAGCAUUGAUGCGUAGUGUAAUGCAAAGAUCCUUAGUUAUAGGAAUAUUAAUGCGC